GUCCACUUCUUCAGAGGGCGCGUUGGUUUCGGAGCUGAAUGGCCGCAGUCUCGGGUUACCUCAAGUUUCUCUCUGGCAAAAGCAACCUCAAGUUCGACGCGCGAUACCGUCGCGGAUUCGACUGUCGCCAACCGAAGCGAGUUUCCCGGCGAAGAAGUAACGCACGGUUAUCGCGUGGUAACUCGUUGAGGUUACUCGCCACGCAAUUGUCGCCUUUCGAGGAUUGUCGUUUUGGCAUCGUCAUAACGUGACGGAACAUGAGCUCGAAGAACGGCGCCGCCACGAAUACGUGCCGUGCGUGCAUGAAGGAAAGCUGCAAGAUGCUACCCAUGUACGACGACGCGAUCAUCAAGAAGAUUAAUCUGCCGUACAUGCUCGCCCAGCUCACGUCUAUCCAGAUCGAAAGAUAUGACGGAUUGCCCACUACGCUCUGUUCGAAAUGUGCCUACCGAACUAAUGUUUUAUAUAACUUCAGACUGGAAGUGCAAGAGUCGGACAGGAAACUCAGGAUGAUACGUGAUACACAAAUCAAGAGAGAAAAAGAGAUUGAUUACGGAAAUAGCAGUAUACAAACGGAUGAAUCUGUAAAUAUGUCGAGCAAUGAAAUGUCUAAACAUAUGACCGACAGUUCUGAAGAUUUAAGCGCUGAAAUGAUAAAUGAGGAUAUCAAGAAUGUAAAAGAAGACGAAUAUGAAAUUGAUGUGUCUCAGUUGGUUGAAAAUGCCAGGGGUAGCAAGGAGAGUUCACAGUUGAACAAUCUUCUUUAUAAUAUUAUACAAGAACCUAACGAGGGCCAAGUAAAUGUCCAGCUAAUGAAAACCGAUAUACCUGAGGAAAUGUCGAAAAUGUUCGCAGCGCAGAAUGUCACAAUAAUGUAUAUAAAAUCAGCGAGUAACUCAGUGGGGAACACUUUAACACUUGAUUCGGACCAAGGAGAAAUUGAAAAUAACGAUGUAUUUAUCCCCGAAGUGGAAAUCUUGGGUGAGCAGGGAAAUGAGGAAGCUUCAAGCAAGGCAUGCGUUUCCGAUCCUGUGGAAUCUAAUGCAACCAAAAAGAACAAAUGUGCAUAUUGGGAACAUCAAGAUAAAAUAAUGAUGAGUGAUGAUAAUGAACAGGAACAAUAUGAUGACACAAUACAAAAUGCAGAUAAAGAAAUGAAGUUGAAUGAGGGCAGUCCUAACGCUGAACAAUCUACAAGAAUAGAGGACAGCGAUGGAUCUGAUUCCGACUACUUUGUCGAUGGCAAGGACAACAUAUUGGGCAGCGUGAGCGAUGCAAUUAUACGGAUAAAGGAAGUGCAGCAAGAAAAUGGAAUCGAAUAUCAAUGCACACUGUGUAUGCAGAAUUAUAAUCAACUGACGAAUAUGUUAUUGCACACUGUCGAUAAUCAUGUUCCUGUCAGUGGUCCGUUCUUUUGCAUGGUGUGCGAAAAGGAUUGCAAAAGCCAUCGGGAGUUGCGAUCGCACGUGAAAACACACUCUGGCGAUUUCCCAUACUCUUGUUUUCUUUGUAAAAAGGCGUAUUCUAGAAAGAGGUACCUGAGAAGACACAUGGCAUGUCACCCAAAUUUCUCACGGCACCGCUGCCUCAAGUGCGGCUGCCGCUUCAAGUCGAAAUCAGAACUGGAGACUCAUGCGACGGAACAUGCGGACGUCGCGCCCUACGUUUGCAAUCAAUGCAAGCGUGUUUUUAAUCAUAAGGGGAAUUACAAAAGGCAUUUAAUUAGCCAUUUAGAUCCCAAUGGCCUACAUCUACCAAAAUAUCCGUGCAAUUUUUGUGGUAAACGCUUUCCCAAUAAUCGUACGCUCCAAACACAUGUACGCGUACAUACCGGUGAGAAGCCAUUUGAGUGCAAUAUUUGCCACAAGUCGUUUUCACAACGAGGUAAUUUAUUGAAUCAUUCCAAGAUUCAUUCAAAUCCUCGCAGCUACACGUGCGAAGUCUGCGGUAGAAGUUUCAAUCAACGUGCCACGUUACGAGAUCAUAAAUUAUUACACACAGGUGAAAAGCCCCAUGUAUGUAAUGUAUGUGGGAAGGCGUUUACGGUUAGCGCGGCAUUGAGGAGACAUAUGUUUAAACAUGUUGAAAGCAAGCCGUUCAAUUGUGAGAAUUGUGGCAUGGGGUUUAUCGGCAAAUAUGACUUACGACGACACAUGCGGGUGCACGAAGACCGACCUAAAAAAAAACGAACAAACUCAAAGACAGUUACUUUUCUUCAGAAAUCAGAGGAGGAUCAUAUCGCAUUAGAGGGACCGCAUAUAGAGGCUGUCCUCAUAGAAGUAGAAGAAGAAGAGCUUUUACCGCAAAAUGUUACGCAGACAAUGCCACAGGUUGAAUCAGAAAAGGAAAAUGAGGAUGCAUUAUUUAAUCUUCAGUCUUAUAAUGCAGUUUUAUAUAACACAGCAGAGAGUAGAUCGUAGAUUGUAUGAUAAUGGCCACAGUCUUGCAAGACAAUACUAUAUUGUUAAUCAGGUUUUUAUUUUAUUCAUAUAUUUAUGCAUAGUCGUGUCAGUCAUGAUUACAAGUAAUUUUAUGACACCAUUUACAAAAGUUAAGAAUAUUUCAUUUUUUUUUCUAAUAAUUUCCAUUUAGAAAUAGCGGUACAGCAAUAUUUUUACUUCCAAAUGGCUUUCGAUCGACAAUUGGCACCACGGAGGGAGUAUUUUACCCAAGUGAAUUCAUUAUUUUUGAUAUCCAUAUCUUCAUUUCUACCUUUUCCCAUUAAUUUUCUUAUUAUUAUUAAAUGUAUAUUAAAUAUUUUCGUUGCACACAUUUCUGAAUUAAUUAAAUCUAAUUACACAUGCUUUCUAAAAAUUCCAAAAAGUUGCAGUUUUUCAUAUUUAAUGAUGAAAAGAAUUGUUAAACGACUUUAGGCUGGCAGAUGGUUUCUUGAAAAU